CCAGUCCACUUCCCAUCUCUACUUCCUCCUAUCGGUCUUUUCCAACCCUGCGCUGGCAGCCAACAGACCUCGGCCGAUUCUUUUUUUUUCUGCGUUGCGUGCAAACAGACCGACAAUAUGAAGCUCAACGUUUCCUAUCCCGCGACGGGAUGCCAAAAGCUGUUCGAGGUGGUUGACGAGCACAAGCUGCGUGUCUUCUACGAGAAGCGUAUGGGCCAGGUCGUGGAGGCCGACAUCCUCGGAGAUGAGUGGAAGGGCUACCAGCUGCGCAUCGCCGGCGGCAACGACAAGCAGGGAUUCCCCAUGAAGCAGGGUGUCCUGACCCACGGUCGUGUGCGUCUGCUCCUGAAGAAGGGACACUCGUGCUACCGCCCACGCCGCACUGGCGAGCGCAAGCGCAAGUCCGUGCGCGGAUGCAUCGUGGACGCCAACAUGUCCGUGCUGGCUCUGGUUGUGCUGAAGAAGGGCGAGCAGGACAUCGCCGGCCUCACCGACACCUCCGUCCCACGUCGCCUGGGACCCAAGCGUGCCAGCAAGAUCCGCAAGCUGUUCAACCUGAGGAAGGAGGAUGAUGUGCGUCGCUUUGUGGUGCGACGCCCUCUGCCCGCCAAGGACAACAAGAAGGCCACCUCCAAGGCCCCCAAGAUCCAGCGCCUGAUCACCCCCGUUGUGCUGCAGCGCAAGCACCGUCGCAUUGCGCUGAAGAAGAAGCGCCAGACCGCCUCCAAGGAGGCUGCCGCCGACUACGCCAAGCUGUUGGUGCAGCGCAAGAAGGAGUCCAAGGCCAAGCGCGAGGAGGCCAAGCGCCGCCGUUCCGCCUCCAUCCGCGAGUCCAAGAGCUCCAUCUCGAGCGACAAGAAGUAAAUGCCGCCGACACGGAACCCACAUUCUUCGUUUAAGCAGAAACUGAACGUAGAUCGGAUCAAAAUGAUCUACGAGAGGAUAAAAGAAACUUUGUAACCAUUUAUGUUAAAUAAAUGUGAAAAAAUGGUAUACAA